AUGUUCUUCAUUGCUUUACUUCUUGCUUACUGCUAUGCUGACCCAGGAAUUAUUGAUAUGACCUACUGUGAAGAUAAGACCGUCAACUUGGAUUUUAAUGUGACUGUGGUGGAAUUUGAAAAGCCAGCUGAAAGAGAACGAACAGUUUAUACAAUUAAAUUUGAUAUUUUACAACCACAUGAAGAUGUUGUUCUCAAGUGGCAUGUUGAAUACUAUUGGGGUUCACUAUUCAUUGCUUCUUACCAAUACGAUGAUGAAAUGGUCUGUAGUACAAUAGUAGGAGGUUGUUCCACAAAAGGACCAAAACAGAUGAAAGCCAUUGGUAUUAUUAAGGAAAGUGUCACUCUCCCAGGUUGGUACUUGCUUGUGCUUGAAAUGACAGACCACAAACUUUAUCACAGUUGUUUCCAUGGAUGGGUCUAUCUCUAUUAA